CGGGCAGGCAGCCGCUCGGCACCGACCACCGAAGUCCAGUGUUCGGGUUCGGGCUGAGCAGAGUUGGGAGCUCACACCAGCUGUGACUUUACCCACAUUUAGAGGAUGAAAGAAGCUUAAACGCAGCGAGGAGACGACUCACAGCGACUCUGAGGGAUGUCUGACUCCGUUUUUCCAUCAGAGGAGCAGGAGGACAGGAAGCAGCCCGUCGACAUGGAGGAGGGCAGCGAAGGAGACGACUCCGAAACCAGAUGGACUGAAGAACUCAGGCUGGUCCUCAUCGGAAAGACCGGAUCUGGCAAGAGUGCGUCUGGAAACACCAUCUUGGGCCGCCGUCAGUUCCUGUCACAGCCCAGCGCCAGCUCCGUCACCCAGAUCUGCGAGCUCGGGACCACUGAGCUGUCCGUAGAGGACGACGCCGAGGUGGACGUCCAGGCUGUCGCACAGAGGAGGCUGAGGAGGGUCACGGUGGUGGACAUGCCAGGGUUUGGGGACACUCACCUCAGUGUGGAGCAGAUCCACGCAGAGAUAGCCAAAUGCGUUUCUCUGUCGGCCCCCGGCCCGCACGCCUUCCUCCUGGUGGUGCCCAUAGGACGAUAUACAGACAAUGAGAAUCUGGCUGUCUGUGAGUUGGCCAAGAUGUUUGGGGAGGAAGCUGUCUGUCACCACACAGUGGUUCUCUUUACCAGGGGGGACGACCUGGAGGGUGUAGGGAUUAAUGAGUAUCUGAAGAAGACUGCACCAGCUGAGCUUAAGGCUCUGAUUGACAGGUGUGGGGGCAGGUACCAUGUACUCAACAACAGAGACCUCAGUGACUCAGCGCAGGUUACAGAGCUCUUGAUGAAGGUGGACAAGAUGGUGAUGCAUAAUAACAGAGGGUUUUACACUAAUGCCAUGUUUUUAGAGGCAGAGGCUGCCAUCAGGGAGGAGCAGAGCAGGAUGCUGCGAGAGCGAGGACGAGCAGACGGCGAUGAUCAAGAGGGAGAAAACUGCAGGAUGGCAGAACAGGCCAGACUCGCAAAGCGAAGAAAGUGUGACUUGGAGUCUGACAGAGCACGAAGCAGCGAGGAAGGAUCACAGGCGCUCAGGAGGAGGGAGCUGGAAAGAGGAAAUGAGGAUUUGAGGGUGGAGAGAUGGACAGAGGAGAGCCGAGGCAACGCCUUUAGCUUGUUGAGGGACCAGUUCAGAGGCCGGCGUCGGGGCCACAGCAGGGCCGUGAGCCGGCACCAGUCUCUCCGUUCACGUUUGAGUCACUUUCGGAGGGAGGCGGCGCUCUCUGCUAAAGUGCUGGAGAGAGUUAAGAUCUUGGUGGCUGCUGGAGCCACAGGUAUGGCAGUUGGGGCAGUGUUUGGGGCAGCUGCCCCUUUAGCAGCUGCUGCUGGGGCAUCUCUCGUGGGGAACUCGGUUGGCUUUGCUGCAGGUCAGUUAGCUGGGAUGUCUGUAGCCGGGGGCACAGGUGUCGGGAAAGCUGUGGGGGCCAUAGUGGCAGCAGCCACAGGGAAGACUGCGGUUGCUCUGGGGGCGGCAACAGGGGGAGUUUUGGGUGGUUCUGUGGGAGCAGUUGCCAGUGCUGAGGCGACCUCUCCCAGGGAGGGCGCUUUGGACGCCCUCAGCCAGGUUAGCGCCAUCGGGGCCUCUGCUGUGGGAAUGGCAGCAGGUGUGGGAUGCACCCUGGGAGCCGGGGCUGCUUUAGGCGCCGCUCUGGAGGGAGCCGCUGUCGGCACAGCAGCUCUCAGUGGAGCUGAAACUGCCACAGCAGGGGCAGCAGGUGUAGCCACCAGUUCUGCUGCUCAGUGUAGUUUAGCCUCAGCAGCAGGGCAGCAUGCAGUGGCCUCGGCAGGCAGCGUGGCAGCGGGCAGCGUGGCUCCUCAGUGUGCUGCAGCCCUCGCUCAGGAGGUGGCUGCAAACGUCUCAGUGGCUGCUGGGUCUGCUGGUCCUGUAUGUGGGUUAACAGGGACCAGCGUGGCAUCAGUGGCCAGUCGGGUCGUAUCGGACCCCUGGGGCACCGUGACCACGACCACACGCAUCCUGAAUGCGGUGGCUGAGAUCGGCAAAGCUGCAGCCGGCAUCGCUCUGGCCGGUGGUCUGGUGGUGAAGGUGGUCAAAGAAAAGGUGAGAUGUGGCACCGGAACGACGGAGAACAGCUACUCAGAGAAGAAGUCUUAUGAGAUCUACUGGAACAAAUAAAGACGAGCUGGAGUCAGAUUCCAGCUUAAUGAGAUCAGAGCCGGUAGUUUUCCUGCAGAUCCAUUAAACACGACACCUCAGUGGAAUAUGUUGUUAUUAUACAUAUAUGAACAAAUCAGACAUGAUAGAAGCAGAGCUGGUGAUUGCAUGUGUUGGUUAGAGGCUGAUGAAUCAGUGAUGUUUGUGAUUCCAUGUAGGAUAAUUAGAAAAUCAGUGUUAUGAUUUCAUGUUUUCAGACACAUUUAGUCGAAUGUGGGACGGUUAAAAGAGUUUUCAUGCACAUUUAUUUCUAAAUAAAAGAAAUAAGACACAGCUUUUUUGGUGUUUCUACAGAAAAAAAAACACAGCACUGUAAAGAGAAAACAAGAAGUUCUCUGAAGCUGCAGGUUUUCAGAUUCGCUGCAGCGUCAAAGCAAUAAAUGUUAUUGAAUAUUAAUCGGUGCCGAAAAGGAACAAAAGCGCUCAAGUUUUGCAACGCAUUUGAAAUCCUGUGGGCUUUGUGCUGACAGACGACGGUGGGUGGUUUUUAUUGCACUUUGUGACAUCCUCUAAUAUGUAAACCAAGCGAGAGCUUUGCAGUUCUGUAUUAACGCUAAUUUCAAGCAGACUGAUUUCAUCUGUCGUGUACGUGACAGAGCUUUGGUGCGUUUAUGUUUUUUUCCUUUUGCAGUGAAAUUAACAAUAAAGACAUUGUUCUGAAUA